AUCAUCGUGAUACGCGUGUCUCGAGAAAUUUUCCGAUUAAUUUACGUCAAUGGUAAAAGUCCGAUAUUAUUAUUGGAAGAAAUAGGUCGAUCAAAGCGGAGGAAAUGGUAACGAAGGAUGAAGGAAAAAGGGGGGGAGGGAGAAGAAAAAAGUAAGUAUUCCGAUAGGAUGGGUAAAAGUGGAAGGUUAUCGGACAGGCGUAGACGGCACUGAGGCCCAGGUGGAGGUGGUAGCCGGGCCCCAUUCUCUGUUGGUCCUGUCGUCUGUCAGUGGAGCUCAGUCAGCAGACAGUCGGUCCGUCCGGUCAGCUGGUCCCGUCCAAUCGUGUUAAAAGCUACCCGAUGGUAAGCCGAAGGCGAAACACCCGAUAGAACCCGGGUCAAUCGAGGCUCGAUCGUCAAGGAUCGUCGAAGAGAAGACGGCGGCCCGCGCGCCGCAUGUGCGCGAGUGUAAAAACUUCUCCACCGGAAACACCAACGACACGGUGCGAGGUACCAACUAAAUCGAACGGCAGAGGAGCACGGAGUGGCGGAGGGAAACGAAGGAGGAAGAUAGAAACGCGACUGUGGGGACUGUGUACACCUGGUCAGGCAGGAAAUGACUAUAUCGUACGCGAGCGAAGUGCCAAAUGGCUCCAGCUUCGGCUGCUUCUGGAGGAUCUUGGUCAAAUGGAGGGGAUCCGUUUACAAGCUAAUCUGGCGAGAAUUGUUGGCCUACCUGUUCGUCUACUACGUCAUCAAUUUCACGUAUCGAUAUGCGUUGAACGAGCAGCAGCGGGUAAUCUUCGAAAAGAUCCGAUACUACUUCGGCAAUUCUAGCGAAUCGAUACCGAUGUCGUUCGUGUUGGGAUUUUACGUGAGCCUGGUGGUGAAGCGAUGGUGGGAACAAUACAAGCUGCUACCCUGGCCCGACAACCUGGCCCUUUUUAUCAGCGCGGCCAUACCUGGUAACGACGAAAGAGGCAGACUGAUGAGGAGAAACAUCGUGAGGUACGCGGUACUCGCGUACGUCAUUACGCUGCAAAGGAUUUCGUUGCGCGUUAAGAGACGAUUCCCCACGCUUCAGCACAUCGUAGAUGUUGGCCUGAUGAUGGAGUCCGAGAAGAAGAUCUUCGAAAUGAUGAACAAGAAGGCCGCGAUGUCCAAGUACUGGAUGCCGCUCGUCUGGGCGACGAAUAUCAUCAACAGGGCGAGGAGGGAAGCGUUGAUAACCAGCGACCAAGUAGUGCAAACCCUUCUCGUCGAGUUGAGCGACAUCCGGAAGAGGCUUGGCGCGCUCAUCGGUUACGACACCGUCUGCGUCCCCCUCGUUUACACUCAGGUGGUCACGCUAUCGUUGUACGCGUAUUUCUUCUCCGCUUUGCUCGGCAGACAAUUUAUCGAGCGGACUGACGGAGUCGGAGGCGGGAAAUACGAGGAACCUGACAUGUAUUUCCCAUUUUUCACGGCUUUACAGUUUUGCUUUUACGUGGGAUGGUUGAAAGUCGCCGAGGUGUUGAUCAAUCCUUUCGGCGAGGACGAUGACGAUAUCGAGUUAAACUGGCUGAUAGAUCGUCACAUCAAGGCCGGAUACAUGAUCGUGGACGAAAUGCACGAGGAGCAUCCGGAACUGUUGAAAGAUCAAUAUUGGGACGAGGUGGUGCCGAAAGAUCUGCCGUACACGGUGGCGAGCGAGCAGUAUCGAAGGGAGGAGCCAAAGGGUUCCGCGGAGCAUUACAAGGUGAAAGACAGCGAUGCGCUGUACGCGAACGUGAUGCUGGGCACACAGAUUCACAAUCACGUUCAGCAUCGCAAGACCCACCAGGACGACAUGUACGCCGAUUACGAGAGCGUCGACACGCCGUUGGUCGAGCGAAGGAAAAAUUGGCUGCAAAGACAAAUCACGAGGAUGGGCUCGGUUCGCAGCUCCUCGACCACGUACAGCAGCGGAGGUGGUUUCUUCUCUAGGAAUCGUCACAACAGCGUUUACAGCAGCCCCGAAACGGGAGGUUUACCGCAGACCAACAAUCCAAAUCUGAAGAUGUCGCUGUACGAUCGGCUGGUUGGGAGGAAAAGUAUUCGAAGUCAGAGAAUGGGUCGACAAGGUACGAUGACGAAGCUGAACACGGUGCCGGUCUCGCUGAAGAACCGUCCCCGCAUACCAACGCCGGACGUGACGAAGGAGGUGGUGGACCGGGAGCAGAGGCUGGCGCUGUCUGCGACGAACGCGGCCAACAUCGGGGCGGGCGUGGUCGGGGUGAUACCGGCCAACGGCCACUACCCGACCGAUCUGCCCGUGGUCCAGGUGGUGCUCUCCCCGAUACAAGAGACGGAGGGGACCCCGGUGACGGGGAAGUCGGGUGCCGCGGCGCUGGCGCAGGCCGUGCUCUCGCCGACGUUGACGAGCGCCGGCCUCGUCGCGCCCGUCACCCUCACCCCCGUCACCGUGUCCCAACUCACGCAACUGGGCCUGGUGACCACCACGUCCGCGUCCAUGAUCAAGUCGACGAACCAAGCCAACGCGCCGACCCACCAGGCAACCCUGACCGAGGUGAACAGCAGCGAGGAGGAGGGGUCGGGCAGCGGGAGCAGCAGGAGCGGAAGCAUCACCGGCCAGGAGGAGCGUUCCACGCCGUUGAUGAUGAACCAGGACAGGAGCACGCCCCUGAUCGGGGGGGAGAGCGGCGGGAGCCAGGCGGGCAGCAACGGCAGCUCGCCGACCUUCGACAGUUACAACGACCGGUCCCCCAUCCUGAUGAACCCGGAGAAACUGAGCUACGUGGUGGCGACCGCGCAGGACACGGCCAAGGUGGACCCGCGGGGGAGGCGAUCGGCCUCGUUGCCUGGCCCACCGCUGGUCCAGUGCAGGGAGGACAGGAGCAUGUCGCUGCCGCAGUCGCCGGGCCUCCAGCCGAGGGAGAAUCGGGCCGCCUCGGUUUCCAGCGGCCACGAGCCGCCCAACGCGGUGGACAGCCUGGUGGCGCGCGUGCUCCCCUCGAGGGGGGCGGAGGCCAGGCCGAGGACGAACAGCAUCGGGCACGAUCUGUGCAGAGCGUCGGCCGGCCACCGGCAGCCGGUCGCAGGCCAGGACGCCUCGAGGAAGAUCAGCAGCGUGUCGUGCACGAACGCGUCCCUGUCGGGCGGAUUGGCGACGAGCGCGGCGGCGGCCACCACCACCGUCAUUUCGGCCACGCCCCCCGUCUCGAACAGUAAAAGGGGCGAGGUGUACGUCUGAUCCUAAGGGAAUCUACGAUGAUUUCGUGAACAGAUCGUGAUAGAUUCGGGUGAAGGCCCGAUCCAAGCGCUUGCCGCCCGAAAUCCGACUAUCCGUCCAUCGCCCCGGCCUCCAUCCUCGCGUCUCCUCUCUCGCUCGUCACGCGGUGAGAGUAGGAAGUAAUUUGCCCGCGACAACCAUUCCUCCCUUUCUCUCGUGUUCGAUCGAGGCGUCCUCUCGCGCUCGCUCGCCUGUAAAUACGAUCUUAAUUUAUAAACGGUCGCAAUAUAUAUAUAUAUAUACACAUACAUGUACAUACACAUAUAUGUGUAUAUAUAAUUAAUCUCGACCUUGACUCGUCCCGCCAUGCCGCGUUUAAUCGUCGUACGUCGAUCGUCCGCGUGUUAUAUACCUGGCGUCGAACGUGAAUCGUGAUGGGAUCGAAAUUCGUUCGUUUCCACGUUCACCGUCACGCGGAAAUCGCGCGAGUAUUCCUUCCCUUCUUUAUCGUAUUUAUGUAUGUGCAAUAACGAGCGGUAACGAGCGGUCGACGCUCGUAAUCUACGUUACGAAAAACCGCGUCGUUUCCCGAGUUUUUAGAUUAGGAGCUAUCACGAGCGUUCACGCGAUGCACGGGUGAAAAGAAUAGAUACGUUCGAGUCGCAUGUACACAGACGCGCGAUACGCGAUAUGCAAAACACCGUGCAAAGCGCCGUGAUGACACGGCCACGAUAUCGGCUUCAUCUUUUCUGCGCGAGUACGAGAAAUCUCGAGGCUCGCGCCGAAAAGUGGGAUGGCCGAUCCGUUUCGAGACGAACGAAACCCGAGCCCCGUCGUCGUCUUUUUUCUCUUCGCCGCGGUUUUCGUCCAAUCGUCGGUGGAUGAAAGAUACUUUUUUCUUUCGUUUUGUUCUCUCUCUUUCUCUCUCUUCCGCACCGAAUUUAUAUCGACAACGCGAAAAGAGGAUCGAAUAUAUCGAAUUUGUUCGCGAUGAUCGGCAGAGGAAAUGCGUCGGGUUCGAUUGCGAGCUGGAAAAUGACGAGUGCAUAUAUACAUACAUAUAAAUAUAUAUAUAUAUAUAUAUAAAUAUACGCGUGUGCACGAAUAUACCGCAAACGUUUGCCAUAUUUGCCAUACUCGGAGACACUUUGCGCGAGAUAAUUGCGAGCGAGAAAUGCCGAGAUCUCGAUCCUUCCAAGUGACUCGAGUUGCGCAACCAUUUCCUCUUCUUACUUCGGUUCGCCACGAGAUCUUCACCAUUAUUAUUAUUAUUAUUAUUAUUAUUACUAUUAUUAUUAUUAUUAUUAUUACUAUUAUUAUUACUAUUAUUAUUAUUAUUAUUAUUAUUACUGUUAUUAUUAUUCCACGAUCGUUAGCAAUUAUAUUAAGUUAGUUUUUUUUUUAUCGAUACGAAAAAAAAUUCGUGCGCGUGAGGAUGCGAUCCUGCGAAGGAGAGACUCGAUCGAAAAAAAAAUAGGGAACGAGACGAUUAAAUUUUUAGGAUUAUUAUCUUAUUAUCGCAUUCGUCCCUUGUUAUUAAAAUUACGAUCGUUCGAUCGUGCGAACACGCGCGACAGCUCAAGUACUUACUUUUCUGUAAAACUCGUCGUUGAUAGAUCGCUUAAUUACACACACACACACACAGAGACACACAUACAUAGAAAUUCGGUGUACAUGAAAGGAUGAUUCCGGCUAUCGAGCCAACGUACGUGUACAUAGUAGAGCAAUUAAGUUAAGGUUAUUUUGGUGUAUGAGAUUAUGAAUAUGCUCAAUGCCAAUGCUCGUGACGCGCGAUACUUGUUAUAUCGAAUGCGUUCUUUCAAUCGUCGAUGCGAAAUCUUCGGCAUCGUCUUUGUUUCAUUUCGUUAGCGUUAGGUAUAAGGAAUAUACGGCCUGAAGUGCAAAAAAAUAUGUGUAAAUACGGGGGCGUAUUUUUAAUUUCGAUUUGUUAUUUACGUUCUUCUACUCUUUACUUCCUUCUUCUUUCUCGUAAUAAGAAAUCGUAAGGAAAAAAUCGUGUUGAUUCCUUCUCGAGAGAUCAACCGUUUAAUUUGAACGAUUUGAUUUAAACGUCGGGGACGUUGAGUAAAGUACGACAAUCUAAUAAAUUUGUUUAGUUGCAUAACGUAACGCGAGGUCAUGCGCGAUCGCUUUUUGUUAAGUUGAAAAAAAGAAAAGGAAAAAAAGAAAAAAAAAAAGAAAAGAAAAAACAUUCGUUUCGUUUUCGAUGAUCGAGAAAAGUGCUCUCGAGACAGAGAUAAACAAGGUCCCUCCCUUUCGAAAGGGACUGGAAUGUUAAGAAUAGGUGUAAAAAAAAAAAGAAGAAAAAAAAAAAUAGGAAAAGAAAAAAGGAAAAAGGAAAAAAAAAAUGAUGACAUUUUAGAGCGUUUUCUCCGUUUUGACCAACAUUCCGUCAGUACUCGCGAGAAUUGCGUUCGUUUCUUCGAACAAAUACAAGAUACCGCGCAUACCGAUUUGUAGAUAUUUAACACAUUUAGUAUUUGUAUAUAGAUUACACCUCAUUUCCGUUAUGAUUUUUCAGAUCCGAGACUUUCUUCAAACUACGUAGACGAAGAAUCCGUUUCGGUAUCCGAGUCGCGUCUGCGUGAUGUAAACGAAUCACACGUAAGAAUAGUAAUGCAUUAUUCUUAUUAUCUAUAUUCUGCAAUAAAAAUAAAUGUUUUCAAAAGCA